UUACAGGUCAGGUUAACAGACGUGCACACACAUAUCUACAAACUGAGGCAUCACUGCAGCUCUCAGGAGCGCGUGUACGAACUCUGGAGCGGGUCAUAUUCUUUGUUUCCAUGCCGACCCUCAGGAUGGAGUGAGUCUGUUGUUUUCGGUGGGCUGAAGGCAGCGAGUUAUCCCGCAGUCCUGAACACUGCUAGCAUGCCUGUGCAUCAGAUAUCAGUCGUGCCCAUCGCCAAAGAGACCGGCAAAAGCUCUAGCCGGAACAGAGACAAGAGUAAAGAGAAUGAGGGUGAGAAAGCACCUGGGCGAUCAGGAAGUCGAUCCAGCAAUAUAUCUAAGGUGAGCACUUCCACCCCGGGAGCCGUGCUGAACAGCAUCUCUCAAACGUCGGUUACACUCUCCUCCCAGGACAUAUGCAGCUCUAGUGGUCACACUAAACUUGAAGUAGAUGGCUCAGAUCAGACUACACCCAUCAUGCCCAUAAACCCCGCCUCCGACCCCGCCCCCACCGCUAAGCGGCAAGUCAAACGGCGUAUCCGGCGGCGAAGGGAGAGCACCGGGACUGUUGGGUGUGCCACAGAGUGCGUGGACCAACCGAGACAUUCACGGUUGCACAGACAAACACACACACACUCUGACUCGUCCUCAGAGGACGAGCAGCGCUGGAGAGAAGCUCGCUCCUGGAGUCGCCAGAAAGCGAGACGGAGACGCAGCAGCAGCCAACACACGAAAGCGCAUCCCCGUGAGGAACGGGAAACCACUAAGCUCAUGUCUGUCAACUCAGAUGGGGGACAGAAGGAGAACCAGGCACCAUUAUGCAAGGGUCUCAACACCAGGGCCCACAAAAAGUUAUCAAAAAUGGAGAAGCGUGGUGGCCAAAGCCAGGCAGCCAUUCACAGAAAAGGCAAUGAGCAUAGUAGUAGUGACGAGGAAGAGCCUAUUACAAAAACAUAUGAGGAAAGAGGUUCAGGAGACCCAGACAUGUCUGUCCAAUCCCCUUUUAAAUGCAGUGUUCCCACCGAUCAUAAUGGUGCCACGCAACAAGCAUGCACUGAUGAUGAACUAGAGGUGUGCAGGAUCUGUCACUGUGAAGGUGACGAGGAGUGUCCGCUCAUCACACCUUGCCACUGUACGGGAAGUCUGCGUUUUGUGCACCAGGGCUGCCUGCACCAGUGGAUCAAGAGCUCGGAUACACGCUGCUGUGAGCUCUGCAAAUAUGACUUCAUCAUGGAGACGCACCUCAAACCUUUGCGCAAGUGGGAAAAGCUCCAGAUGUCUACAAGCGAGCGGCGGAAGAUCUUCUGCUCUGUGAUGUUUCACCUGGCUGCUGUGGUGUGUGUCAUCUGGUCACUCUAUGUUCUGAUUGACCGCACGACUGAAGAGAUUCGCCAAGGCAAGAACAAUGCGUUGGUGCGUUUGUCCCCUCUCACUGCCGUAGGGGUGCUGGAGUGGCCGUUCUGGACCAAGCUCAUCGUGGUGGCGGUCGGCUUUGCUGGAGGACUCAUCUUCAUGUACAUUCAGUGCAAAGUCUACCUGCAGCUCUGGAGGAGGCUGAAGGCUUUCAACAGGAUCAUCUUUGUACAGGACUGCCCCGACACCGUCCGCAAAGGAGAGAACAGGCCGCCCCCUGUCAUCCAGCGCAACGGCACGCAUGGGACAGAGGAGGUUCCUGCACCUCAGACACAAACUAACACAGGAGCAGUUGAAAUGACCCCUGUUUGACGACGGAUGCUUGGUGCUCUCAGGAAAGGGCUCCUGGUGGAUUUGACCAAAGUCAUGUGAUUUACAUAAACAAAAGCACUUUUUAUUUUUAUUAGAGGGUCAGUAAGCUUAUAUAAGAAGUUUAUAUAGGGCUGUCAGAUUAUAACGAAAACAUGUUGUAAAAACAUUACCGCAUUUAGUCACACCCCCAGUCCAAAAGUAAAUAGUGUGAUGAGGCAUUUCCUAUUGUCUGAGCCAUCUACGCUUAAACAACCUUCAUGUGUUUUGUGAUUCUGCAGUCAUAUCACUAAGACUUAUUAAAAAGGCAAGACACAAUUUUUUUUCAUGCACUGGUCCGUUUUUGUAGAUUUUGUGCUAUUUGUGUGUUUCAGUGUAGUGUAAAGAAAACAUCCAAAAGAUGUUUUUAUUAUUAUUAUUAUUGCACUUUAUCUGUUUGCAUCUUUAGAUUUCAAACAUCUUUCUCGUAAAGGAUUUUUUUUUCAUGCACCAAGUUUACAGUUUUAUUUCUAUCUACAGUAUAUUCUAAAGGGUUUUACUGAAGGGUUUGUUCAUAUAUAAUUUUCCUGAUUUUACACAACAUUUUAGUCCUAAAAACAUGGUGAAAAAAUUGUUCUUACUGUUGACAGUAUUUUCUGAUUUUAAGUGAGUAAAACUUUUGGCUGUAAUAUGUCAGCAAAUUUUUUACUUGUGCAAAUUCAAGCCUGUUUAAUUACAUUUAAUUUGCAUAUUCAAACAUAACAUUUCAGGAAAUAAAUGGUUGCAAAUUUGUAUUUAAUCAGUCAACAGGGGACAUUUUGUGGUAUCUAUUAGUUAAAGGAACUGUUCCUCCCGAAAUGACAAUUGACUCACAGACCAAGAUGAGUUUGUUUUUUCAUCACUUGCUCACCAGUGAAUGGGUUCAAACAACAAAGUUAAUUUAUUUAUUUAUUUUUUCAAAUCUAAUUAAGUUGUUGAAUGAAUUAAUUGUUCUAAUGAAGAAACAAACUUGUCUACAUCUUGGAUAGUCUGAGAGCGAGUGCAUUUUCAUUUUUUGUGUGAACUGUUUCUGUAAAUGUUUUAUCUUAUUCAUCUGUGGUGUCUUGCCUUAAUUGAUUGGCAGCCCUAUUAUAUAGCUUACAUAUAUUUCUCAGUGGUCAGAUGUAAAAAUUCUUACAUUCAUAACAUGUUCUGUAGUGAUUUAAGCUGUUCUCUGUUGUUUUCUUAGAUUAGAGAAAACUCCAGAGGUGAACACGGCUGUUACAGCAGUCAUUAUUUAAAGGGAUAGUUCACCCAGGACAUUGCAUGAAUCAGAGGUAAAAAAAAAAAAUUUGGAAAUACUUUUUAGUUUCUUGCACAUCGUUUUGUGUCUUUACACAUCAAUGUAUCGUCACGAGCUGCAGGGUUUACAUUGGUUUUGUUUGUGUAUGUUCUUUUUUUAUUAUUGUAUGUUUUAGCCGUGAUUCCCAUCCACUUACAUUAUAAGACUGAUAGACUGAAACAGUUUGAGCUAAAAAUCUCAAGAAGAAACAAAAUCACCUACAUAUUGGAUCCCCUGGGAGUAAGCAGAUAACAUAAAAUUUUUAUUUUUGGGUGAACUAUCCCUUUAAGUCACGGAAGCCAAUCCUCUAGUACAGGGGGGUCAAAAUCAAUUCUGGGAGGGCUGGAGCUCUGCGUGCAUAGUUUAGAUACAACCCUAAUUAAAAACGACUGAUCCAACUAGUCAAGUCAUUUAGGUUUGAAAACUACAUGGUAGUGUGUUGGAACUAAACUCUGCCGGGCUCCGGCCCUCCACGAAUUGAGUUUGACCUGCUCUAGAGCUUCAGCUCUCUCCUCAACUGUCCUUUCAUCAGUCUGUUAAACUCUUGGAUCAGGACCAGAUCAGAAGAGUCACCUUACAAUGAAAUAGAAUUACGUUUAUUUAAAGUCCUCAACAAACCAAAGAUACAAGUUAAAUUUACAUUGAUAAAUAGCUUUUUAACAGUUUCUUAGUUUUCAGUGAUCUGUAUGAAGAACGGUUAUAAAUGUUUUUUUUUUUUUUGACAGAAAUGUUAGUUCUUGAUAUAUUUACUUUGUUUAUAGUUUGUUUACAGUUGACAAAGAAGACGCCAUAUAUCCAUAUCCUGGUUAUCAUAAUUACACAUUUUUAU